AUUUUGUUUCACGUCGCGUGACAAUGACGUAUGAGUGCCGCGACGUCAGUGGUAAACGCCGACACCGACAUGUGUAGUAAUGAAACAAGAAACAACAUGGAGCGUGGGAGAGAGCAGGACCAUUCAGCGUUUAAUGCUUGGAAGUACCGACAUUACUUUGAGUUUGACUCGGUUAAAGAUGACAAAAACAUCAGCGUCCGCUGUACACUCUGCGUGGGAAGAACACUUUUAUCUAAAGCGAAAAAAUCCAACUCAAAUCUGAGCAAGCACCUAGCAAGCCGCCACAGGAAUGUAAAACUUACUGAAAAAAACCCCGAACCCCCAACUGACAUGAUGACCGCUGCAGCUACAUCCAAUUCCACCGGGCAAAACUCCGAGGGCCCCUCUCCUGCUAAACAGGUGAAACUAGACUUUAAAGCGACAGGACUUAGUGCCGCUGAACUGAAGAACCUCGUUGCUGGAUAUAUUGUCGAGGACAUGCUGCCAAUUUCCACUGUGGAUUCUGAAUCUUUCCGACGCAUUGUUGAAAAAAUACCAACCAAACACGGUGUCAAGCUGCCGCAAAGAAAGUCAUUUGCAGGAUACCUUGAGAGAGAAUACGACAUAAUGGACGCUAAUUUGAAGGCUGCACUCGGAGAUGUAGACUUUGUUUCCACCACUGCUGACAUCUGGACGGUAAAUAACAAAAGUUUUAUGGGUGUAACGGUUCACUGGAUUAAUUCCACUUUAAAUCGUAACAAGGCCGCCCUAGCAUGUAAGAGAAUUAGAGGCAGGCACACCUAUGAUGUAAUUGGAGCAGAGAUUGAAGAAAUCCAUUCAUCAUAUGGACUGCAUGGCAAAGUUGUAGCCACUGUAACUGACAAUGCAUCUAAUUUUGCCAAAGCAUUCAGAGUGUGUAAGCCCGGUAAUAUGGAGUCUGAAUCUGAAAAUGAAGAAGGUGAUGAUGAGGAACCGACUUUUACAGAUGUCAUAGAAGCUCUUUCAACCACAUCUGGUAAAUGACAGUUUAGCCUCCCUCCACACUACAGGUGUGCAUCACACACAAUUAACCUAAUUUCAACAAGCGAUGUUGAUAAACAUCUAAAUUCCUGUGCAGACACCAAGGCUGUAUAUAGGAGUAGUAUUGCAAAAUGCUCUGCUCUUUGGACUAAAGCAAGUCGAUCAACAUUAGCCUCUGAACAGGUGGAAGAAGUCAGCCGCAGGAAACUAAUGGUUCCCACAUCCACAAGGUGGAAUUCCCUGUACGAGGCCAUUUCCAGAAUCAUCACAAGUCCGAUGAAUGAGCUGAAUCCUCUUUGCAUAAAACUGGGAAUCAAGUGCUUUAAUGAAAGAGAGUACCUAUUCUUACAAGAGUACUGCACCGUGAUGAAGCCCCUGACCAUAGCACUAGACAUCUUACAAGGGGAUGAGUGCACCUAUGGGGCUUUACUACCAACACUCACAAGCCUGAUGUCAAAGACACUUGCCCUGAAAGAUGACCUUUCUAGAAUGACAGCCAGCCUUCCAGAUGUUAUUGUAAAGGCCAUCAAGAUUCGUUUUGAUGCUGUACUGGAUAGCCAAGAAGGACUUCUUGCAGCGGCCACUUGUCCCAAGUUCAAACUUCGAUGGCUGAGAGAUGAGCGUAGGAGAGAGCAUUUGAAGGAGCUUCUGACAACAGAGUGUCGUAAAGCUGCUCCUGCAGCUGACAAUGCUAAUGUGUCCCACUCCCAACUGGCAGCCAGCCCAGCUGAAACUGACUUUUUUGAUUUUGAGA